AUGCUAAUGCCAAGAAGGAGUUCUUCCUGGCGCCAUGUUGGUUGCCACCAAAGCACUCUUCCCAGGGUGGGCGGUACUACUGGCAUUGGUCAAUCCGUCAGUACUACCACAACCACAAAUACCGGUGUGAGCUCCAUGGCAACAACCACCUCCCAAAGAAUCGAGGGAGAGUAUGGCUUCUUUGUCGAUGCAGAAGAUGAUUCCCACCAACGGAGACGACAAAAGGUCCAGUCUGUUCGUGACAUUAUCGAGAAGGGCCAUCCUUAUCAUUCGUCGUCUCGCCAGCAGCAGCAACAGGAGAGAACCUGCGACUUUGAAUUUUUUGUGGCCGUGAGCUUCUUGAUGGGUGUAUGGCUUUGCCAAGUCAUGCUACCCAUACUAUUGGCGGAAGGAACGAAAAAGGUGACUACACAAGCAAUAAGAAAGCGAGACGACCAAGAAGAAUCACCCAAAUCAUGCCUUGACGACAAGAUAGCUACUACUUUCACAGGCCCCGAGCCCAACAAGUGGGCUUCCGUAAAGGACCCUACAGAAGGAGCCAGUCCAAACCGACCUAUGCGAAAGACGAGUGAACCUAACCUGGAGAUCUUCGCAAAGGAUGAUAACAACGGUCAAGUUGGUAAUAGCACUGUCCAUUCCUCUUCCCUUGCAGGCGCCGUCCGUGACGAGACACUCACACGCCCCCCUCGGGAUUCUGAUGCUGGUGGUCAGGAUCAGGGCAACACUCUGGGCAAUGGUGAGGGCUUGCAACCUCCACCUGCAACACCAUCUCCAAAGGGAGAAGAGCCUGAACAUGCAGCUGACGCAACCCCUACACUACCAUUCUGCCCAUUGGCCCAGUCAGAGGCUAACGGGGGCAGUGAAUCAACUCACAAACUACAAUGUGAAGAAUCAGCUCCAUGUUUGGUUGGAUCUCAAGAAGUGGAAGAAUCCUCCAGAGUUGAGAAAGGUACAGACAUUGACAAUUCCACUCCUGCAACACCGGAAGCACCUCUGCUACUAGUACCAGUUUGCACAGAUUGCCCCGAGCCACCAACGAGGAAACUGAGCGAUCCCUGCCUGAAUCAGGGAGAACCUUGUCGCCAAAGCUGUGUUGAUAGUGAUGAUACAUGCAUUGGUGAAUGCUUGUUGCCACCUGGGACAAGAUCUCCAAAAGGAGAAGAGCCAGAACAUGCAGCUGACACUCCUACAAAAACUAUCUGCCCGUUGGCCCAGCCAGCGGCCAACAGUGGCAAUGAAUCAACUCACGAACAACAACCUAACAAAUCGGCUUCGUGUUUGAUCGCACCUCAAGAAGUGGAAGAAGCAUCCAAAGGUGAGAAAGAUACCGACGUUGACAACUCGAUUCCCGUAAUGCCGGAAACACCUCUGCUGCCUGUGUGCACAGAUUGCCCGGAGCCACCAAAGAGGAAACUAAGCAAUCCCUGCCUGAAGGACAUGGAUCAAAGAGAACCUAGACAAAGCUGUACCGAUCGUGACGACGAUGGAGACAAAUUCCUGGCCCGGCCUAAUCGGAGGGACAGCCUUUCUGAAAGAGGGAUGGAACCUGCACCGGAUCUUGGGCAGAUGGUUGGCAUGGAGGAGGAGGAGGAUACAUCACAGGCGGAUUCUGUUUGUUCGUCGGACACUGGGUCUUUGCACGAGAGCACGGGCGGGAGCGCGAGCCGGAGAUGCACGGUGCCGUCCACUUCGGCCGGCAAUGGGUAUCACGCUGGGGAUUACUAUGAGGAUGCUACUGUGCUAUACGCACAAAUCUUGGGGCUGACCGCAUGGAGCUCUUCCAGACCUGCGGCUCAGAUAUUCGACCUGCUUCAUGACCUUUCAAAGAAAUUCGAGGAUGCAGCUUCAGACCUUGGUGUCAAGUUAGUGAAAACGGUCACAGACUCGUACGUGGCUGUGUCGGGGGUCCCAGUUGCCCAAGCUGAUCACGCAGUACGAAUGGUACUAUACUCAAGGAGAAUCCUACAGGAGAUGGUCACGAGUGUCCAGAGUCUGGAGAGAAAACUGGGCCCAGGCACCGCCAGCCUGCGGCUUAAAGUUGGCAUCUCUUCGGGCCCCGUUGUCGCAGGGUUUGUGCAAGACCCAAAUCCCGAGAUAAAGCUCCGGCUGUGCAAUCUCUUGGGACCCACCGUCAACGUUGCAACAGAAUUGAACACGACAAGCGUAAGGCACCGGAUCCACGUAUCGUCUGCCACUGCCGAGUUGCUUGUAAAAGCCGGAAAGCGAAAGUGGAUCAAGAAACGGGAGCCACUCAACACAACGACAAAGAGCGACGGUGAUGAAAUGGACACGUACUGGGUUGUCUUUCCAAGCCUCCGGCGUAAUUUUGUCAAGCAACCACAGCUUGAUUCCGACGUCCUCUUUCCUCGGGCCUCCUCAGAAGAAGCCAGCGUUGCCGCGACUGAUUGUAGCCCUGUUUGCCCCGAGCGUCGAAAUGUGUUGGGAGACGUAGAGAACAAUUUCAUCUUCGCAGUUUCGCCAAUUUCUCGCUCCGCGAACAAAAAGCGGCUGGUUGAUUGGGUUCUGAAACUGCUGUUGGAGCAGCUCAACCGUGUUGUGGAGGCGAAUCGAAGGAUCCAAAAGUGCGAUGAAAUGCAAUCCAACAAUUUGAUCAGGCGUGACAAUGCGUUCCUGGAGAAUUUCUCGGAUGGCAAAGUCAGGCCGUUGGAGGAAGUUGUAGAUGCUGUCCACCUGAAGAGACAGUCCACUGUUGAGGAUGAUUGCUCCUUCCUAUCCGGAAGUAGCCCCACCAACGCCGCAAAAGUUGACGUUGCCUCCAAAGUAGGACAGCAGUUGGAAGCAAUGGUAGUCAGAAUCGCCAGUCAUUUUCGAGAUGACCUACCCUACCACAACUUUGAAAAGGCGGCGUACACGGCAAUGUCUGUGCAAAAACUCCUCAUUCGGUGCAUGGUAUCCGACGACAGCGCAAAGAUUGAUUCUCUAGACGUGGGAUCAAGCCAUAACUCGCAGAAUUCUGUGCAGCUGUACAUGGCUGACAUCGACCCACUGAGCCAGUUUGCAAUCUUCUUUGCCGCGUUGAUUUCCGACAUUGCUGAGUGUGGGAAGUCAAACAGACAGCUGGCAGAGGAGAAGCCUCAUGUAUGCGAAAUGUAUGGAGGAGAAAGUGUGAAGGAACAGAUGUCCACCAACACUGGUUGGGACAUCCUCAUGGAUCCUUGCUACAAAGAUCUUCAAGAGUGUUUGUUUUCAACGGAGGAGGAUCUCUUCAGAUUCCGUUGCCUCGUUUGCAAUUGUGUCCUUGCAACCGACCAUUUCAAUGGAAAAGCUCAGGCUUGGCGAAACCGACGUUGGGACAAAGCAUUCCACGUCUAUUGUGACAACUUGAGGCUACAUGAAGGAGACUUGGAUUUGAAAGCGACUGUGGUUAUAGAAGCUCUUGUACAAGCAUCGGACAUAUCCAACACUCUUCAACAUUGGGAUGUAUACUUGGAUUGGCAAGAGAGGCUCUUCAGAGAGAAGAACUUGGCGUUUGAUGCCGGGGUGUGCACUGGCAGCAAUCCGGUCGAGACUUGGUACGAGGAUGAGUUGGCAUUUCUUGGAAAACAUGCAGUCCCGUUGGCAAAACGGUUGGCAGAAGCCAAAGUCUUUGGGGCAUCGAGCAGCGAAUGCCUUAAUCACGCGCUGAACAACCAAAAGAGAUGGUCCAAUCAAGGCAAGCAGCUCGUGAAGGACAUGUAUGAUCGUUACUGCAAGCGCAGAGAAAUGGAGAUCGGUGGAUUCACCAACAACGAGAUCAACACUUUAACUGUGGAGGAGCUCAGUUUUAUCAUGAAGAAGCUUAUCAAGAAAGGACAAAACACUGGCACAAACGCCGUUGGUCAAAACGAUGCUGCACAGGCAUGGCUCGACGCCUUGGAAAUCUACGAGCGAUGCCCAGCUUCAGCGGAAAUGGAAGAUAAAGAAAUCCUCUUUCCAAUCUAUUCUGGCAUCUUUGCUUGGAUCAGAGGCGGCAAAGUGCAACAAGAUAGUCAAGGCCAUUUUGAAGUGAAUUUGGCACAAAAGUUUGUGAAGGAGAGCAUGUGCCAUCCAGACCCCAUCCACUACAUGAGGGCUUUAUCCAUGUUUGCCGAGAUUUGUGGGAGACGUGGGAAAUGCACAGCUGCCCUGGCUAUAUUCAAGAAACUUGCAGAGGUGUAUGAUGCAGAGUCGCAUUCAUCAAGGAUGGCAGAAGUUUAUGGGACAGACAGAGCUGCUCAGACCUUCUCCUUUAGUGCAAUGUGGCACCAUCACCUAGGAAAUGUUGGACAGGCAAUUGAGGCAUGCAACUAUGUGAUUCAGGACCUGAUGCCAACCCAAGACCCGACGAACACCUUAGGGAAUUGGGGUCUGUUGAUCAAUGUCAUGCGUGUGCUGAAACCUCAAGGCCAAGCUCUGCGAAUGCGUGAGGUGCUCGAUGAAUACGUUGUGGAGGCACACCUAAAACACCACGGACCAAAAAAAUUCACUCCGUGCAAGUCACUAUUCAAGCCAACCAAAUGGCUCCUGGACAUCUGCCAUGACCCUUCCGACUUUGUCGCUUUGGACGAAGCUGUAGAUUGGAUGAUUGAUGGAGAUAAUGGCAAUCCACACGACUUCUUGGACAACAUCCACGCCAAUAUAGGCUGGGCUGCAAGUGAUUUGGCUGCUGAACUUUGCCUACGUCUUGUAACACAGCUUCGAACUGAAGGCAAACGGGAUCAGGCCACACAAAGAGCACUGAUCAAAAAGGGCCUCUUCUUGGCACGAAAGGCUGAUAUGAAACUGAAAAGCAAAGAGGGCGUUGUCAUAUUGCCGCUUGCGAUUGACAUGCACACGGACGUUUUCGAGCAGCUUGAAGCGCUCGCCAAAGACGAGGGCAUUUUGCAGGAUGUUCCAUUCCCACCCCAUAAAGGCCCCGGUCUGGAAGUGAGGUUACCGCCGUCAUACCUACGAACCCCAGAUAUUCCACUUUAA